UAUAUAUAGGGUAUUUAUAGUGAUAAUUUUCAUAAGGAAAUGAUAAAUUAUAAUUAAUUUAUACUCAGAGAAAGUUCAAAGUAAAAGAAAAAAACAAUUUUUCGCUGAGAUCAUUUAUUGGAGAAGCUUGAAACUUCGUGACAAUCGUGACUUAUCUUUAACUGGUGUGUAGGUUAUAUGUAUAUAUAUAUAUGAAUCAUCGAAAUUGUUUUCUAUACAGCUGUUCUACAAUUUCGUGUGAUAUCAAGAGUACAUCAUAAAGAUUCGAAUUUUAAGCCAGAUUAGAACUGUUUAGAUACUAAUACUAAUUACAAGAUACGAUUUAAUAUAACCUACUAGAAUAAUGGAUAGUCAUGUUGUUGCAGAUGGUAGAUUAGUUGAUCUGAUUGAUGAUGAAUGGAGAAAAGACACAUUGCCAGUUGAUGAGAUUUUGGUACCUGUUAGUGAAUUGCCUGAUCCUGAAAGUGACAACGGUGAUUCUCACAUGACUUUGAAGGAAUUAGAACAAAAGUGGAAUAACUUAGCUCUUGGAACUCUCAGUGAAAAUCAUUUGCAUUCUCCAACCUCAUCCCAUAAUUAA